CUUCCUUAAACUGCAGUGUACUAUCAUACAAUUGGUGUGUUAGCCGUGGUUAAGCUGUAUCUUGAUUGAAAGAAAUGUAAAUUUUAUCUCAUGACAGCAAAGGUAUCUUGUUUACAGACAUCAUGAACGGACACUUAAGAAACCAUGAAGAUUCUGAGGACGAAAAUCAAUUUGGCAUAAGGAAAACUACGUACUGGGAAAUAUACGGUGUAAAACGUUUUCCGUACAGGGGAAAGCGUAAGUUUACACCAUUGCUUUACCAAUCUUUCCAUGGAGGAAUGGUGAUAUCAAAUGACGUUUUUGGACUAACAAUCAGUCAGUUUGAACGAAUAUAUAAAGCUUGUUUAGAAAGAAGGAAAACUAAGGAACAGUGGAUACUGAACCUCAGAUAUCCUGAUAAAUCUUCCAAUGAAUAUCUAGAAUACUUAGAGAACUGUACAGACUGCAAUAUAGGUCACUUGCUUUGUUUCGAAAACAAUCAGAGGGAGAAAUGCUUGUACGAGCACCUAAUUCGAAUAGUUGGUACUGAAAUAGAUAUACGAAAACAACAGCGACUAUUUAUCAUAGAAGAUAGGAUCUUCAAUUCUUCAUAUUUCAAAUCACAAACACGUAUAUCAAGUGGAAGUCUGGCAGAAGGACUAAAUUUACCAGGCAGUGACAUGGAUAUUAUGUACGUAGGCCAUAACAUAGAAGUAACACAGAAUGUCAAGAACAUCAAAAACCCAAAACAUAGUAUUUGUGUUAUGGAAAUAGAUAUAUAUCAUCCUGGAUUUGCCAGAAUCAGAAAGGUAGCAGUACCUAAUGAGGUAUCCCUCCGUGAACAGUGUCACAGUUGUCCACUAGGUACAUGUACGGGUACACAAUUUUAUUUACCUGUAAAACCCUUUCUAGAUUCAAUCAAAGAAGGGUAUUCCUACAUGAACCCAUGCGAACAUGGUCCAUGUAUAUCAGACCAAAACCAAACCGUAGAUUUUGCAUACUGUAUACGGAGUAAAUAUCUGCCUCACAACGCAAUUCCAUGGGCAUCUCGUCAUCGAUGUCAAUGGCCUACGAAAUUUGUUAUUGACAUGAUCAUGAAAAACGGAUGCUUGUUAGUACCUAUAGGACCUAAGACAUCUGAUAAUGAGUACUUAUGGAGAAUAUCUUUCUCUGUGGCAGAAAAAUUACUUGUACAUUCGUUUAAUUUUACUCAAUUCUUAUGUUACGGUCUACUUAAAUUAACAUUAAAAUAUAUCGUAAACACAAAUAGUGAAGUCAAAGAGCUAUUGUGUUCAUACUUCCUGAAGACGGCUUUAUUUUGGGUCUCUGAGGAGUCGAAUAUUGACACAUUUCAACUACCAAAAUUCUAUAAUUGCUUUUCUCUCUGUCUUGAUAAAUUAAUGUCAUGGGUAAACACAUGCUACUGUCCGAACUAUUUUAUACCUGAACAUAACAUGUUCCUUGGAAAGAUCAAUCAGAGAAACAAAAACAAACUACUAAGUGUACUUGAGAGUAGUAAAUUUAGAGGGAUUGAUGGGUUGAUUACUAGUUUAUUUUCAUCUGACAAUUCCCGUUUAGCAAGUGCAAGCAGUGAAUCUCCAUCAAUUAUGUUAGACUUCCUAUUUUACAGGAUUACGACAUCGCAAAACGUUUCAAGUUGGAAAACAAGGAUGGAAUAUACCAAAUAUUUAUUAAAGUCUGAAUCGUCUCCUUUUAUUAAGAGUGUAUGUACAUAUCAUUAUGCCGAAGCCAGUAAAUAUGUUGCACAACUAUUACCAUCGCCAAGCGCAAUAGGCAACGCGUACAACAUACGCAAAUGUUAUCAUAGACUUUUACAAAACGGCACCAAGACUGAUGCUGUAUCAGGUUGGUUGUUAUACGCAUCAUUUUAUUAUGUAACUGGACAGUUUAAUGUUUCACUAAGACUAACGGAUUAUGUUCUAUCAAGAUACUCACCUGAUAUGAUGGAUACAGAUCAUCAAAACUGUGAAGUACACAGAAAUUUUUAUAGACAAAAUAUACAUUCUACAAUGAAUCUGAAUGACAGGAUGAAAAUAGCUACUAUAGUUAAUGUCGAAUACAUUCAGAACUCAUCAUUAAUUCCAAAAGAACUACAGUUGGAGGUUGAAACGGAAGUAUUAACCAUAUCGCCUGUUGUAAUGUCCCACUGUCUCAAUGUUCUGUGCUAUCAUCACCUUGGUGAUAUAUACAACAGACAAAAGUCUUUACGUGAUUUUUAUCUGACUGUGUUACAUAGAUAUUCCAUUUCUUCAAGAUGUUUAUCUGCGUCGAUAACAGUACUUGGAGUAUGCUAUGAGAUUUCCGGUGAUAAAAACCUAGCCUAUCAGUGCUACGAGGAAGCCCUACGAAAUGGUUGUCAUAUUUUUAGUUCAGCAGUAAAAAGAAAAUCAAAACUGGAAAGCAAUUAACAUGAAAUGUGAUAAUUUUC